UCAAAGCUCUGCCUGCAGGCAUGCAGUUUACUGGGGAAAAGGCUGUGUUGGUGGCUUCACAGAGAUUUUCUAUUUCAGCUGGGAUUUCCCCACAAAGAUCUUCUGAGAAGCAAAUCUAGAGGAGAAGGUGAAAGAAGAAAUGGCUAGAUCGCAGGAACUGCUGACCUUCAGGGAUGUGGCCAUAGAAUUCUCUCAGAAGGAGUGGGGAUGCCUGAGCCACAGUCAGCGGGAACUGUACAGGGAUGUGAUGUUAGAGAACUAUGGACACCUCCUCUUCUUGGGUCUUGUUGUGUCAAAGCCGGCCCUGGUCAUCUUUUUGGAACAAAAGAGGGAGCUAUGGGAUGUGAAGAGAAAGGACACAGUAGCCUCAUGCCCAGCUGUAUCAUCAAAUGAUACUAAGAGCCUCCUUCCAAAGAUUUUCAUAGAAACUUCUUUCCAAAGAGUGUUAGUGGAUAGGUAUAAAUAUAGUUCCCUUGAGAAUGGACACUUUAUGACAGACUGGAAAAAGGAUGGGGAGAGAAAAGGGCAUCAAAGAUAUCUGGGGACUCCUUUUCCAGAGAACGAUUAUGAAUGUAAUAAAUAUGGGGAUGUUUUUUAUCAAAACAACAAGCUUAUUACACAUAAGACUAUACAAUUGGGAGAGAAUCCUUGUAAAUAUAAUGAAUGUGGGCAAAUUCCUAGCAUGUCCUCCAAUGUUGGUGAUCAUCAGAGGAUUCAUGUGGGAAAAAACCCAUGUACAUGCAAUGAACCUGGGGACAUGCUUAGUCAGUCAUCAAGACUGCAUAUAAAUAAGACAAUCCAGACUGGACUGAAAGGUUACAAUAUUAAGGAAUGUGACAGAGCCUUAAGCUGGCACUCAGCACAAAUUGAACAUCAGCCAGUACAUACUGGAGACAAACCUUACAAAUGUGAAGAAUAUAGUAAAACUUUUAAUUAUGGCUCAUCAGUAAAUGGACAUAAACUAAUCCUUACUGGAGAGAAACCUUACACACAUAAAAAUUGUGAGAUGGCCUUGACCCAACACUCUCCUCUUAUUGAACGUCACAGAACCCACACUGGAGAGAAACUUUACCAAUGUAAAGAAUGUGGCAAGUCCUUUAACCGAUCCUCAGACCUUAAUUACCAUCACAGAAUCCAUGCUAGAGAGAAACCUUACCAAUGUAAAGAAUGUGGCAAGGCCUUUACCCAUGCCUCAAUCCUUUACCAACAUAAUCGAACCCAUACUGGAGAGAAACCUUACCAAUGUAAAGAAUGUGGCAAGGCCUUUAAUAAGGCCUCAAACCUACACAAACAUGUCAAAAUCCAUACUGGAGAGAAACCUUACCAAUGUAAAGAAUGUGGAAAGUCCUUUACCCAGUCCUCAAACCUUUACAAACAUGUCAAAAUCCAUACUGGAGAGAAACCUUACCAAUGUAAAGAAUGUGGCAAGUCCUUUAAAUGGCCCUCCAUCCUUAAGCAACAUCAGAGAAUCCAUACUGGAGAGAAACCUUACCAGUGUAAGGAAUGUGGAAAGGCCUUUAACUCUCCCUCCACUCUUCAUCAACAUCAGAGAAUCCAUACUGGAGAGAAACCUUACGAAUGUAAACAGUGUGAAAAGGCCUUUAACUCUCCCUCCACUCUUCAUCAACAUCAGAGAAUCCAUAGUGGAGAGAAACCUUACCAGUGUAAGGAAUGUGGAAAAGCCUUUAAGUCUCCCUCCACUCUUCAUCAACAUCAGAGAAUCCAUUCUGGAGAGAAACCUUACCAAUGUAAAGAAUGUGGAAAAGCCUUUAAGUCUCCCUCCACUCUUCAUCAACAUAAGAGAAUCCAUACUGGAGAGAAACCUUACCAAUGUAGAGAAUGUGGAAAGGCCUUUACCCAGAACUCAUAUCUUACUCAACAUCACAAAAUUCAUACUGGAGAAAAACCUUACCAAUGUAGAGAAUGUGGCAAGUCCUUUACCCAGAACUCAAGCCUUUAUAAACACCACAGAAACCAUUUUGGAGAGAACACUUACCAAUGUAAAGAAUGUGGCAAGUCCUUUGGUUACCCAUCAGACCUCACCAAACAUCACCGAAUCCAUACUGGAGAGAAACCUUACCAAUGUAAAGAAUGUGGCAAGUCCUUUAAAUGGCCCUCCAUCCUUAAGGAACAUGAGAGAAUCCAUACUGGAGAGAAACCUUACCAGUGUAAGGAAUGUGGAAAGGCCUUUAACUCUCCCUCCACUCUUCAUCAGCAUCAGAGAAUCCAUACUGGAGAGAAACCUUACCAGUGUAAGGAAUGUGGAAAGGCCUUUAACUCUCCCUCCACUCUUCAUCAACAUAAGAGAAUCCAUACUGGAGAGAAACCUUACGAAUGUAAACAAUGUGGAAAAGCUUUUAAGUCUUCCUCCACUCUUCAUCAACAUAAGAGAAUCCAUACUGGAGAGAAACCUUACGAAUGUAGAGAAUGUGGAAAGGUCUUUACCCAGCACUCAUAUCUUACUAAACAUCACAGAAUCCAUACUCAAGAGAAAUUUUACCAUUGUAAAGAACGUGGCAAGUCCUUUAUCUAACACCCACACCUUAUUUAACAUCACAGAAUUCAUACUAGAUUGAAACUUUACAAGUGUAAACAAUAUGGUCAGAUCUUUUACUGACCCUUACACCUUACUCGACAGCACUGAAUUCAUACUUGAUAGAAAACAAUGUAAAGAAUGUACUAAGGUCUUUAAUCACUCUUCAAUCUUUACUCAUUAUCACAGAGUUCAUACCGGAGCAAAUCUUCCACAUUUAGGAAUGUGAGAAACGUUUUGUGGACUGCUCACCCCUUGCUUCGCAUUGGAAAAUUUAUGUUGGAGAAUAAUCACUGAAUACUAAAGAAUGUGGCAAGGCUUUGAAGCAUUGCUAAAUGCUGACUCCUGAUCAGAGACUGAAUACUGGGGAGGAUUUUGCAAAUAUAAAGAA